CUGCGCUGACUGAGAUGCCCGGGGCCGGCGUUCCAGCAGCGACGCCGAGCCCCUCGUCCGGGGCCGCCGGGGCGCUGCAGGUGUCGGACUCCCUGAGGCGCUUUGUGUUAUUCUUGGAAAAUUUCGCACCACUUGUGAAUUCCUUGAGCCUGGGCAUUGCAAACCCACUUCUGUUGGGCCCAUCUCCUUUGCACUUUGCUCAGAUUAAGACUCAGUUGGCGCUUCAGCAGCUGAAUGCCGUUGCCUCACAUGGUUCAACACCACCUUACACUUUAUUAAAUCAGGCAUUCUUGAAAGUAGCCAUGUCGAGACCCAGGUUUAAUCCUCGAGGGACCUUUCCACUUCAAAGGCCGAGAGCACCUAAUCCUCCUGGGAUGAGGCCUCCAGGACCAUUUAUAAGGCCUGGAUCUAUGGGUCUUCCAAGAUUUUACCCAGCAGGGAGAGCCCGUGGAAUUCCACACAGAUUUCCUGGCCAUGAAACUUAUCAGAACGUGGGACCACAGAGAAUGAAUGUUCAGGUAACUCAACAUCGAACUGAUCCAAGAUUAACCAAAGAAAAAAUGGAUUUUCCUGAAGGACAACAAAAGAAGGGGAAACCUCAUGGUAGUCGGUGGGAUGAUGAGCCUCAUAUAACUCCACCAGUUGAAGUGAAACAGAGUUCUGUAACCCAGGUUACAGAGCAGAGUCCUAAAGUACAGAGCCGUUAUACAAAGGAGAGUGCCUCAAGUAUCUUAGCAAGUUUUGGAUUAUCAAAUGAAGACCUAGAAGAACUUAGUCGCUAUCCCGAUGAACAGCUAACUCCUGAAAAUAUGCCAUUGAUAUUGAGGGAUAUAAGAAUGCGAAAAAUGGGGCGCCGAUUACCUAAUUUACCUUCUCACAGCAGAAAUAAGGAAACACUUGGUAAAGAAGCAGUUUCAAGUAAUGUGAUUGAUUAUGGGCAUGCAAGCAAAUAUGGCUAUACAGAAGAUCCCCUUGAAGUACGUAUUUAUGAUCCUGAAAUCCCAACUGAUGAGGUCAAGAAUGAAUUUCGGUCGCAGCAGAACAUUUCUGCAACUGUUCCCUCUUCAAAUGUGAUGUGUAAUUCUGUGUUUCCUGUUGAAGAUGUGUUUCGUCAGAUGGACUUUCCUGGUGAGUCCUCCAGUCAGUCUUUUUUCCCAGUUGAGAGUGGAACCAAGCUGUCAGGCAUACACAUUUCAGGACAGUCAGUCCUUGAACCUGUAAAAUCUGUCAGUCAGUCUACUAGCCAAACAGUUAGCCAGACAAUGAGCCAGUCUCUUAUUCCUCCAUCUGUGACCCAGCCAUCCUUUUCAUCUGAAUUAAUUUCAGCUUUAAGCCAGCAAGAGCGGAUCCCACAUAAGCCUGUGAUCAGUUCAGCUGAUGCACAUGUUGGACCUAGAGGAAAUAAAAAGAGUUACCAAUCAGAAACUGACUUGCCUAUUCGGUCUCCCUUUGGGAUUGUGAAAGCUUCAUGGCUACCAAAGUUUACACAAGCUGGUACCCAGAAAAUGAAGAGACUGCCUACCCCUUCUAUGAUGAAUGAUUAUUAUGCAGCGUCUCCAAGAAUAUUUCCACAUUUGUGUUCUCUGUGUAACGUAGAAUGUAGUCAUUUGAAGGACUGGAUUCAGCAUCAAAAUACUUCCACCCAUAUUGAGAGCUGUCGGCAAUUACGUCAACAAUACCCUGAUUGGAACCCUGAGAUUCUCCCAUCCAGAAGAAAUGAGAGCAAUAGGAAAGAAAAUGAAACCCCAAGAAGACGUUCUCAUUCUCAUUCCCCCAGUCCGAGGCAUUCUAGGAGAUCAAGCUCAAGUCACAGAUAUCGUCGAUCUCGAAGUCCAGCUCGUUAUUCCUAUAGACCAAGGAGUCGAAGUCCGAGAAUUUGCCAUCGUGUCAUUUCUAAAUACAGGUCCAGAUCCAGAUCCCGUUCUCCAUAUAGAAGUCGAAAUCUCACUAGAAGAAGCCCAAAGUCCUACCGAUCAGUUAGCUCUGAAAGGACAUCAAGAAGAUCAGUGAGAUCAGAUAGAAAAAAGGCAUUAGAAGAUGGAGGACAACGUUCUGUACAUGGGACAGAAGUUAAUAAACAGAAAAGCACUGAAGCAGUUGAUAAAGGACUCUUACCAGCCCAAAAGCCUAAACUUUCCAGUGGAUCAAAGCCAUCAGUGAAAUCUGUAAGCUCUGUAAAGAGUGACUCAAAUUUAGGAGAAAAUGCUGCUCACAAGUCUAAGAAUCUUGAAGAUGACACCUUACCAGAAGGUAAACAGGUGUCUGGUAAAGGUGCUUUUGUCCAGCGGAAGAUUCGGUCUCGGAAAGAUCAGUCUUUGACUUCCAAUUCAAUUCUUCUUGUGUCUGAACUUCCAGAGGAUGGCUUUACUGAAGAAGAGAUUAAAAAAGCAUUUCAGCCAUUUGGGAACAUUAGUGAUGUCCUUCUUGUUCCUUGUAGAAAUGAGGCUUACUUGGAGAUGGAACUUAAAAAAGCAGUUACUACAAUCAUGAAGCACAUUGAAACAACGCCUAUUGAAAUAAAAGGAAAAACUGUGAAAGUAUGUGUUCCAGGAAAGAAAAAAAUACAGAAUAAAGAAAUGAAGAAGAAACCUUCAGAUUCCAAGAAGUCGUUUGCAUCUGCUUUAAAAAAAGAGACAGAUGCUUCAAAAACCAUUAAAACUGUUACUUCAUCCUCUUUUGCCAAAACUGGACGAAUAAAGCCAUCUACAUUCAAAGUGAACAGAUUUACAGGUAUGCUAUUUUUAUAUUGCCCAUUUGUUUCUUGUAGUGCUGAGGAUGUUUUGAAGGAAAUGGAGGAAAUGAGUGUGGUUUUUAUUUCUAAUUUGCCUAAUAAAGGAUAUUCUACAGAAGAAAUUUACAACUUAGCAAAACCAUUUGGCGGUUUGAAGGAUAUUUUGAUUUUAUCAUCUCAUAAAAAGGCAUAUAUAGAAAUAAACAAAAAAUCUGCAGAUUCUAUGGUAAAAUUUUACACCUGCUUCCCAAUAUCCAUGGAUGGAAAUCAGCUCUCCAUAAGUAUGGCUCCUGAGGAUGUGGACAUAAAAGAUGAGGAAGCUCUCUUUAUAACCUUGAUUAAAGAAAGUGACCCAGAGGCAAAUACUGAUAAAAUUUACAACCGAUUUGUACAUCUUGACAAUUUACCUGAAGACGGACUUCAGUGUGUGCUUUGUGUUGGACAUCAGUUUGGAAAAGUGGAUCGCUAUGUGUUCAUAAGUAACAAAAACAAGGUGAUUCUUCAGUUAGAAAGUCCUGAAUCUGCUCUGUCAAUGUACAGUUUUCUGAAACAAAAUCCACAAAGCAUAGGUGAUUAUGUGUUGACCUGUACUUUAUCUCCAAAGAUGGACUCAGAGGCUCAAACAGAGAAUGAUCCAGAACUAGGAAAAGAAAGUACUUUUAGCCCUGACUUGAAAAACAGUCCUGUUGAUGAAAGUGAGGUACAAACAGCAGCCGAUAGUCCCUCUGUUAAACCUAGUGAGGUUGAAGAAGAAACUACUUGCAAUAUUGAAACAGAAACUUCAGUGCAGCAGGAAACACUUGGUAAGGAAGAACCCAAACAAGCUUUAUAUGAGUCUGACUUUGCAAUUGAAACACUAGAACUGGAAGCUCAAGGAGCAGAGGUCAGCAUAGAAAUUCCUCUUGUAGCAUCCACUCCAGCCAAUAUUGAGUUAUUCAGCGAAAAUAUAGAGGAAUCUGCUUUAAAUCAGCAGAUGUACACCAGUGACUUUGUGAAGGAAGAGACAGAAGUUACAAACCCUGAAACAGAAUUAUCAGUAUCUGACAGUGUCUUCAUAGAAGAAAGGAACAUCAAGGGAAUUCUAGAAGAUUCUCCAUCCGAAGCAGACUUAUUUUCUGGAAUUGCACAGCCCAUGGUAGAAACCAUAGCUGAAGUGGACAAACAUGAAACUGUUUCAGAAGUACUGCCAUCUGCUUGUGUUGUGACCCAAGUGCCAGGAAGUUACAUUGAUGAUGAGAAUGUUGUGAGCAAAAAGGAUACUUCUGAAAAAGGUAGCGUGGAUGACAAGGAGGAAAAUGAAUUUAAUACUGAGGAAACCAGAAUGGAUUUACAAGUAAAUACAGAGAAGGUUGAGAAGAAUGAAGCUGACACGUUUGUAGAAAAAUUGGAGAAGAUUAUAGCAGCAAUAAGAGAAAAGCCAAUAGAAAAUGCUGUAAUAAAGGCAGACCCAGAUACAGGAGUGGGUCAGAGCAGUAAGCCUGAUGAAACUGGUAAAACUAGUGUGCUGACUGUAUCGAAUGUAUGUAGUAGUAAAACAAGCAUCAAGGCUGCUGUGGUGUCUUCCCCUAAAGCAAAAAGUACAACUUCAAAAACUGAAAGUCAGAAACAUUUUCCAAAACCUGUGCUUAGAGAUCAAAUAAAUGCUGAAAAGAAAGUUUCAGCCAAGGAAUUUGGUCUGCUUAAAAAUACCAGAUCAGACUUGGCAGAAAGCAGCAGUAAAUCCAAAUCCACUCAGAGUGGUGUUAACAGAGGAUGCAGUGGAAGGACCUCAGCCCUUCAGUUCAAGGAUUCUAAACUGGAUUACAAGGAUAUAACAAAACAGUCUCAGGAAACAGAGACUAAACCUCCCAUCAUGAAACGGGAUGACAGCAACAAUAAGGCGUUGGCUUUGCAGAACAUUAAGAAUUCUAAAAGUACUACUGGUAGAAGUUCCAAAUCAAAAGAGGAACCAUUAUUUACAUUUAAUUUGGAUGAAUUUGUUACUGUGGAUGAAGUCAUAGAAGAAGUAAAUCCUUCUCAAGCCAAGCAGACUCCAUUGAAAGGAAAAAGAAAAGAAGCUCUCAAAAUUCCUCCUUCCCCCGAACUUAACUUAAAAAAGAAAAAGGGAGAAACUUCUGUCCCUCACAGUGUUGAGGGAGAAUUGUCCUUUGUAACACUAGAUGAAAUUGGAGAAGAAGAAGAUGCAGCUGCACAAGCUCUAGUUACUGUUGAUGAAGUCAUUGAUGAAGAAGAGCUCAAUAUGGAAGAAAUGGUAAAAAAUUCUAACUCCCUCCUUACCUUAGAUGAACUAAUUGACCAAGAUGAUUGCAUUUCCCACAGUGAACCUAAAGAUGUUACUGUUCUGUCCAUGGCCGAAGAGCAAGAUCUUCAACAGGAACGCUUGGUAACUGUGGAUGAAAUUGGAGAAGUAGAAGAGUCAGCAGAUAUAACUUUUGCUACUUUGAAUUCAAAAAGAGAUGAAGGAACUACUGUAAGGGAUACUAUUGGGUUCAUUUCUUCCCAGAUGCCUGAAGACCCUUCUGCUUUAGUUACUGUAGAUGAAAUACAGGAUGACAGAAGUGAUUUUCAUUUAGUGACUUUGGAUGAAGUAACUGAAGAGGAUGAAGAUUCUCUGGCUGAUUUUAAAAAUCUUAAAGAAGAGCUUAAUUUUGUUACUGUGGAUGAAGUUGGAGAUGAAGAGGAUGGAGACGAUUCAAAAGUUGAGUUAGCACAAGGCAAAAUUGACCACCGUACAGAUAAAAAAGGAAAUAGAAAGAGGAGAGCUGUGGACCCAAAGAAGACAAAACUUGAAUCUUUCUCCCAAGUAGGUCCAGGAAGUGAGACUGUUACACAAGAUCUGAAAACCAUGAUUGAAAGACCUGCGGCAGCUAAAACACCAAUGAAGAGAGUUAGAAUUGGAAAAGCAUCACCCUCACAAAAAGCUGUAAUGGCAGAACCAGCAAAAGGCGAAGAAGCCUUCCAAAUGAGCGAAGGAGUUGAAGAAACUGAAUUAAAAGAAUCAGAACCUGAUGAAAAACGCAAGAAGACUGAAGACUCUUCUGUAGGCAAAUCAGUGACACCUGAUGUGCCAGGAGAUUUGGACUUUCUCGUUCCAAAGGCUGGAUUUUUCUGUCCAAUUUGCUCCCUCUUCUACUCAGAUGAAAAAGCAAUGGCAAAUCACUGCAAGAGCACACGCCAUAAGCAAAAUACAGAGAAGUUCAUGGCCAAGCAAAGAAAGGAAAAGGAGCAGAAUGAAACUGAAGAAAGAAGCUCUAGGUGAUGGGGAAAAGGAGGAAAAAAUUCACUAGAAAUUCAUUUAGGGUCCAGUUGAUUUGUGUAUUUCUGUUAUCAUUUAAUUUGUAAUUUCUGUUUCAGAAACAUUCAUGUUGUACAAAUUUCUGAUUGCCCUUGGUGUAGAGAAACUGAUGGAAAAAAUAUGAUGGGUUUGAUUUUUAUAUCAAAUCAUCAGGCAUGGAAAGAUACCUUUUAGAAGUGUUAAAAUAAAUGUUCCUACUGUAUAUUUCAA